AUUUGCGCAGCAUCGACUGCUUGUGUAUUUUAGCACAUUGAAUUUUUCUUACCUUAAACUUUCGCUUUGUGCCGCUGGGUUUCGCCGGUGUCGCAGUCAACAUGUCGGACGGUGAGGAUGACUUUAUGUGCGACGAUGAAGAGGACUAUGACCUGGAAUAUUCGGAGGACAGUAACUCGGAGCCAGAUGUCGACUUGGAGAAUCAGUAUUACAACUCGAAAGCACUCAAGGAGGAUGACCCGAUGUCAGCCCUUGUCAGCUUCCAAAAGGUUUUGGACUUGGAACACAACGACAAGGGAGAGUGGGGAUUCAAGGCACUUAAACAGAUGAUCAAAAUCAACUUCAAGCUGGGCAAGUACGAGGAGAUGAUGACGAGGUAUAAGCAGCUGCUCACCUACAUCAAAAGUGCGGUGACAAGAAAUUACUCAGAAAAAUCAAUCAACUCAAUCCUGGAUUACAUAUCCACAUCCAAGCAGAUGGAGCUGCUACAGGAGUUCUAUGAAACCACCCUGGAGGCCCUGAAAGAUGCAAAGAAUGACCGGCUGUGGUUCAAGACAAACACAAAGCUAGGGAAGCUCUACUUUGACCGAAAUGAAUUCAACAAGCUGGCCAAAAUUCUGAAGCAGCUGCACCAGUCAUGCCAAACUGACGAUGGCUGUGAUGACCUGAAGAAGGGGACGCAGCUAUUGGAGAUCUAUGCAUUGGAGAUCCAAAUGUACACAGCACAGAAGAACAACAAGAAACUGAAGAAGCUCUAUGAGCAGUCACUGCACAUCAAGUCUGCUAUCCCGCAUCCAUUGAUCAUGGGUGUGAUUCGUGAAUGUGGUGGCAAGAUGCACUUGCGUGAGGCCGAGUAUGAGCGCGCGCACACGGACUUCUUUGAGGCAUUCAAAAACUAUGACGAAUCGGGCAGCCCGCGGCGGACCACCUGCCUCAAGUACCUUGUUCUGGCCAACAUGCUCAUGAAGAGUGGCAUCAACCCCUUUGACUCCCAGGAGGCAAAGCCCUACAAAAAUGACCCUGAAAUUCUUGCCAUGACCAACCUUGUCAGUGCCUACCAAAAUAAUGACAUCAGUGAGUUCGAGUUAAUAUUGAAGACCAACAGGAGAAACAUAAUGGAUGACCCUUUCAUCAGAGAGCACAUUGAAGACCUGCUUAGGAACAUUAGAACACAAGUCUUAAUAAAGCUCAUCACACCUUAUACUAGGAUUCACAUACCUUUCAUAUCAAAGGAGCUCAACAUAGACUCAAGUGAGGUGGAAAAUCUUCUAGUAUCUUGUAUUUUGGACAGCAUGAUCCAGGGUCGCAUCGACCAGGUGAACCAGGUUCUUGAGUUGGACAGCAAAGGGCAAGGGGCGGCUCGAUACAAUGCGCUGGACAAGUGGACAGCUCAGCUUGGGACAUUGCACCAGACCAUCGUGAACAAGAUCAUGGCGUAGCACAUGGCCGGCCUAGACCCCCGCCUCUCAAGCUGUGCGAGUCCCUGAGUGCAGCGACUGCACUGUUUGCCUACGAAUGCCUUCUCUGCAUGGCGUCCACUUCAAGAGGCAACUUCUAAAUCAUACCACCGUCGGCUGUGUGACAGCAACAUUGUGUGUCAUGCUGGUUCCUCAAUCCUUAUGGAAGCUCUGUUAACAGAAUCGUGUUCGUUUUACGUUGACUUAAAAAUUAGCCAUUGGCUACAGUGGCUCGCACAAAUUGCAGGUGCACAAGCGUAAUUCGAGUGCAUGUACAAUUGUCUUUUCUUUUUUGUGUAGAAUAUGUCUUGUCAUAACAGCAGAAGAAACGAAGGGUAUGCUAUGUCACGUGUGUGCAGUCCAUGGUCAUCAUGGCGACCGCUCACGAUGAUGCUCUUGGCAAUGCUGUAACUUGGGAAAAGAAAUUUAUUCGUGGGGCCCCAUUCUGGACAUUUUACCAAAUUGAAUCCACCAUUUUUGCCUGCUGUGAUCGGAUACAGCCAUGGCUGUGGUGCCUGCCCCCUCUCUUGGCUCCUACGGGAAGGUAUGGAGUGAUUAGACUGCAAUAGUAUGCCCAGCAAAACACCACUGAUGACUUAACAAAUGGCCAACAGUCACUUCCCAGAGAAGCAAUACCUAGGCCAGAUUUAGUUCACUCCUUUCGAGCUUUCUGCAACGCAGUCCUGCAAAGUGCAUGUGGAGAUGCCUUGACCUUUGUGAACAGAGCCCCGCAUCUGCCGCUAUGCAUGGCUUUCAGUUGUGUGUAAAUCGCGUGAACUAUGGCAGAACAUGCCCACAUGUGAUGAACCGCUCGAGGACAUGAGUUCUAAAUGCUAGCUCGCACAACGACAGGAACCCCUUUUGUCGUAUCUCCAAGCUUCACUUCUUUUUUUCUUCCCCCAUUUUCCCCAGCCAGAGCAACAUUACUAGCAUAUUUUCUUAAUGAAGAUGAAACGAGUGUGGAGCACUCAUUUCAGGCUGAUUGUGCCACUUUUAAACUGUGCCGUUUUGCUUGAAUGCAUUGGCAUCCAGCGUUCACAUGUCCUUGUUUUGUGGAUAGCAUUUUCCUUCUGAUAUGUUGCUGGUCUUGUCUUGUAAAUAACAGUUUGCCAACAGGACAGCAGAAACUUUCGGUGGUCCUGGCCUGUUGGCAGUGCGCGCCUCUUUCCAUGCUAUUUAAGAGUGAGUGAUAGACUGCUUGGGUUUGUAAAAUAAAUGCUGUGCCAGAGAGUUUCGACAA